UGUUUUUCCGAAUCCCCUUAUUCGACGCACGACGAUCGAGACAGUCUUUUCUAAGUGCAUUUCUGUUAACCUAGCAGUGCAGACAGCAGAAAUGUGUCAUUAAUACCAUGUUAUUGCAUCAUCCUAUCUCCUGUUUUAUACGAAGCUUCGAUAAAGAGCCGUUGCAAUCGAAACAUCCAGCCCGGUGUCGUAUUGCCGCCUUGGAUUAUUAGGCCUUGAACUUACCGACUGCGCCGCAACACAACGGUGGACGCAUUUGUCUUGAUGCCUGACGGCAGUGGAGGUGACCGCGACUUCUUUGCAGUGUUUACAUGGAGAAAACAACGGGCCUCGCCACCGCCGUUGCUGCUAUUGCCGCGGCUACAUUCGUCUUAUGGCUGCUAAAACGUCACCGCAGACUCAGGUUGUUCAAGGAUCUCGGCAUUCCAGGGCCAGAGCCGGACUUCAUCUGGGGAAAUCUGAAGCAGAUGGACCACCGACGUGUUGAGGCUUUCAUGCAAUGGCGAAAGGAAUAUGGAAAGCUGUUCGGCAUCUACGUUGGGAGUGAACCUUUCCUGGUCGUCACAGACCCUCAAUUGGCCCACGAGUGCUUUGUCAAGCAAGCGACUAUAUUUCACGACAGACCUGCGGUGUUCGUGGAUGCGGAGCCUUUCAAAAGCAGCCUUUUACAGCUUGGCGGAAACGCAUGGACGUACGUGCGGGCAAGGUUGAACUACGGUUUCAGUUCGGGCAUGAUCAAGGAUCUUUCUGAAAUAGCAAACUUGUGCGCCGUUAGAUUUGUGGAGAGGAUAUCUACGAUAAGCCUGAGAAGUGGAUACGUAGAGGUGUUUAACCGUGGGUUGGAUUAUACCUUCGACUUCAUCAUGAACUCGGUGCUGGCGCAGCAGGUGAGAUCCCAAGAAGACGGCAACGAGCCCAUUCUGGAGAGUCUGAAGCAAGUCAUCAAGGACAUGGAAAACUCGGCCAUAGAAGUUGCCUUUACGGUUCCUGUUGUACGCGCUCUUCUUACACUGAUAUAUCCACUAACAAAGCAUGCCCGAGCAUUCAGAAAUGUUAUGAGCCACGUACAGCACACCGUUGAACUGCACCGUUCUGGAAAGCUUCCGAAAGUACCCAGCGUGCUUCGGACUCUUCUGGACGAUCAGACAGAAGCUCUCAACGCAGCACAAAAGAAGCCUAGCAGACGAGCCAAAUAUCUGGAUGAUCAUUACAUAUCGUCUAACGCCACAAUAUUUCUAUUGGCUGGCAUCGAAACUACGGCUUCCACGCUUUCCUUUUUGAUGUAUCUCUUGGCUAGACACCCAAGCGAGCAGGAAAAUGUAGUCAAGGAGAUGGAAGACGUGUUUCCUUUAGAAGAAGGCAAUGAGUUCACCUUCGACCAUCUGCAUCGCCUGAAGAGAGUCGACAUGGUGAUCUACGAAGGACUUCGUCUUUACCCACCCGUUCCACUGUAUUUGGUAAGGCGCUGCUCUGUGGACACGAUUGCUUGCGGACAGUUCCUACCAGCAGGUCUUAACGUGAUGGUUACACCGUGGCUCAUCCAUCACGACCCUGACCUUUGGCCGGAGCCUGACUUGUUUCGUCCGGACAGGUUUUCCCAAGAAAACAGCGAAUGUUACCGCAACGGAGCUUACAUUCCUUUUGGAUUGGGCCCCAGGGUGUGCAUAGGCCAGAGGAUAGCAUUUCUGGGGGUGAAAUCAGCGCUCGUUAGACUUCUACGUGAUUUUAAGCUGACGCUCUGCAAUAAGACCACUGGGCCGCCCAUUUUAUCCGUUCCUAGUAUGACACUUGUUCCAGGAGACGGAGUGACGGUCAGUCUGGAGCACAGGCGAACGAGGACGGUAGCUUGAAUGCUGCAAUGAAGCUGCCAGAUUAUGUGCGUGAUUGCUCGUACUUGAAAGCGAGACAAUCAGCAAGUAACCCAUCAAUUGAAUGCUUCAGAUGUUUUCUAUAUCGCUUUCAUCGUACGCGUCAACCAAUAUCACCCCAUCGAAAGUGCGUGUCUAUGCUAAAGAGAAUGACCAUCUAUGAUCACUCAUACAUAAGGCUUUCACUGGACAUCAUCGAGUUUUUGGUUACUUGUGGUAACUCCAAGGACAGAAGACGUCCACUGAUACCCAUGAGACAAAAAAAAAUCUGGGGUUAUAGGUGCCAAAACCACGAUGAUUAUUGGGCACCUCGUAGUAGAGGACUCGGAUCCACUUUAACCCUCUGGGGUUCAUUAACGUGCGUCCACUGCAAGGUACAUUUUCUUCAUGCUGCUGACUUUGACGAUUGUCUGUUGACCAAAUACAUUUACAUGUAUAUUUUCUACAUCGGUGACUUUGUCGCUUUGACCAACUUUGGAGUGCGUUAAUUUAUUUUCCAUGAAGUUAGUGACAGACACGCAUACCAGUCAUGGUUGACCAGUGGACAUAAUAGCGGGAGACAGCUGUGCACAAGGGUGCGAUUUCAAUUUCCUGCCGAAUCGGUCGCUUCCCGAAACUAGCAGCGUAGCGCACCUGCCCCCAACGAGCUAAAUACUUUUUCAACUCCAGCGUCCUGACAAACGCCGGCCAAUCGAGCAUGGAAUGUCCUAUGACUUUUACAUGCUGUCUUUUCGUGAACUAAAUACCGUUUUCUUUUUUUUUUUAACUAAAUACCAUCCUGCCUCUUGCUUUCUCUAAAAUAAAGUCGAAAU